AUGAUGUCCAUGAACAGCAAACAGGCGCACUUCGCCAUGCAUCCUUCGCUACCGGAGCACAAGUACACCACCCUGCAUUCCAGCUCGGAGGCUAUACGGAGAGCCUGUCUACAAACUCCACAGCUGCAAAGCAACAUUUUCGCCAGUUUGGACGAGACGCUUCUGGCCCGGGCCGAGGCUCUGGCGGCAGUGGACAUCGCCGUGUCCCAGGGCAAGACGCACCCGUUCAAACCCGACGCCACGUACCACACCAUGAGCACCGUCCCGUGCUCGUCGACGUCCACGGUGCCACUGGCCCACCAUCACCACCACCAUCAUCACCAUCACCACCAGAACUUGGAACCGCCGGAAUUAAUGGACCACAUCAGCUCGCCCUCUCUCGCCCUCAUGUCCAGCGCGCACGACGGGGCCGGGGGUGGAGGCGGCGGCGGCGGCGGUGGCGGCGGAGGGCUGAUCUCCACCUCCGCCGCACCCACACACGCGCACGCACACUCGCACAUGCACGGCUUGAGCCACCUCUCGCACCAGGCGGCCAUGAGCAUGAACUCGCCUCUCACCCACCACGGCCUCUUACCGGGUCACCACGGGGGAAGCCAAGUCGGCCCCGGGCUGACGGGCGGCGGGCUGCCGUCCAUAAAUGACUCGGACACGGACCCCAGGGAGCUGGAGGCCUUCGCGGAGCGCUUCAAGCAGCGGAGGAUCAAACUGGGGGUGACCCAGGCGGACGUGGGCGGCGCGCUGGCUAAUCUGAAAAUCCCCGGCGUGGGAUCGCUGAGCCAAAGUACAAUUUGUCGAUUCGAGUCGUUGACUCUGUCCCACAACAAUAUGAUCGCGCUCAAACCCAUCCUCCAGGCGUGGCUGGAGGAGGCCGAGGGGGCCCAAAGGGAGAAAAUGAGCAAACCGGAUAUUUUCAACGGAGGGGAAAAGAAACGCAAGAGGACCUCGAUAGCUGCCCCGGAGAAGAGGUCCUUGGAGGCGUACUUCGCCGUGCAGCCGCGACCCUCUUCAGAGAAAAUAGCAGCCAUUGCGGAGAAAUUAGACUUGAAAAAGAACGUGGUGCGAGUGUGGUUUUGCAACCAAAGACAGAAGCAGAAAAGGUUGAAAUUUUCCGCCGCCCACUGA